AAAAAAUCCCCAAAACAUAUAAUUUGAAAAUUGAAAUAGAAAUAUUUCCCUGAACAAGAGCGUAGCACCAUAUUCUAGUUCUGCUUAGCAUCACAAAGUUAAAAACAAAAAUCCAAUGAAAUAGGGGAUCGGAUACUCCCAUCUUCUGUAACAUUGAUUAUUAUUUGGAUCCAGUUUUUCAUCGAUUAUAGGAAUUUCUAUUCUACUUGUACCUGUGUAUUCUCAGGAAGCGUAAAUUUCUCCAAUUUGAUAACGCUUUCGAUGAAAAACAACGGGGGAAGGAAAGAUUCGCAGAGAGAAUCACAUACUUGGUCCCUUCAAAACUAGAACCGAGAGCUACGCUGUGUUUGGCCUCUGAGUUUGAAGAAGCUACAGGAAUUUCUUCGGCGCCAGAGAGAAAAAUCGAAAAUCCUAAAACUUCCAUAAUGUCAAUUCAAAACCUCCUCAAAACCCUCAAAACAGUUAAAGGAAAUCGUCAAUCCAAUCCCUCCUCCAAACCAAUUCUGGAAAUCAUUUCUACAAUCUUAGCUCCGGCGCCGUCCGACUCCGUCGCCACCUCCCUCAUCUCCCAACUCAACCCCCACGGUCUCCGUUCCAUUCUCUCUGACCCAAAUCUUGGAUCUUCAGAAUGCUUCCAUUUCUUCGAUUUCGUACUGAAAAACCAGUCUCUCGUCUCAUUCAAGCCUGAUCUCCAGGCCCAUUUGACCGUCAUUUGCAGACUUCUCAAGGAAAGGAUGUUCUCAGAUGCAGAGCGCCUUCUCAAAACUGUGUCGAUUGAUAGUAAUUGCUGCUACCCAUUUGCUGUUAUUGCUUCCACGGUUGAAAAUUGUUGUCGAGAAAGGAAGGUUAAGGUAAAAUUUUUCAAUUUCAUGAUGGCGAUGUACUCGAACAAUGGAUUCUUCGACUCUGUUUCUGAAAUUUUUAGCUACAUGAAGAAUAAUGGGAUUAAGAUCGAUGAGAAGACUUGCACGGUCCAUUUGCUUGCCCUUAAAGGAUCUGAUCAGAUACAUUUAGCUUCAAAUUUCUUCAAUCUGAUGCUUGAAUCAGGAUUAGAUGUCUCUGUUUAUUCUUUAACCGUUGUGGUGGAUAUCCUGUGUGGGAAUGGCGAGCUUAAAAGGGGUAGAGAGUUGGUGGAGGAGAUGUUGGGCAGAGGGAUUAAACCCAACAUUAUUACGUUCAAUGUGAUGGUCAGUGCUUGUGCUAAGCGAUGGAAUUUUGAGGAGUUGGAUCUGAUAUUGAUUCUGAUGGAAAAGGUAGGAGUUCGUUUUGAUACCAACACAUAUAAGCUUUUAAUUGAUGGGUUCUCGAGCUCAGGGAGGAAUGAGAAGGCUGAGAAAAUGGUGAGGAAGAUGCAUGAAGAGGGCUUUAAGGUGGAUUCCCAUUUGUAUAAUUUGAUCGUAAGAAGCUACUGUAAAACAGGGACAAUCCAGAGCGCAUGUUCACUGUUCGACGAAAUGAAUGAGAGAAAUGUUGCCCCAAAUUCUGAUACAUAUUGGGUACUAAUAGAUGGUCUCUGCAAGAUAGGAGAUAUGGGGUUGGCGAUGGAAUAUGCAAACAGGAUGCAGAGCAAGGGAAUCGAAAUGGAUGAUCCGAUGUUUACGACGUUGGUUGAUGGUUUUUGCAACAAGGGAAUGGUUAAUGAAGCUAUGGAGCUGCAAGUUAUGAUGGCGAAUGAUGGAUAUCAAGCUAAUCAAUCUGUUUGUGAGAAUAUUUUCGUCGAACUAUGCAAGCUGAAUCGGAUUGAAGAAGCAAAGAUGCUACUAAACAUAUUGGCUAAACGUGGGGCUGAUCUUAGCAGACUGGUUCCGGCCACUUCGAUUGAUAGUUGAGUACACCAUAGAACUAAGAGUAGAACUCCAUCUUCAUGCUUGAUAGUCUUAAUUUGACAAUUACUCAAGUACAAUAAAAAGAAUUGGGGAUUUGAAGUACCCAGUAGUUUAUUUUGGGGCCGUCAGCUUUGUAGCAUAUGCAUGCGAACAUACAAGGUGUUAAUGACCUGUAUAUUUGAACAAAACUAAUGACAGAAUUCAAUUUUGAUGAACAUGUGAAUGUCAAGCCAAAGGGAAGCACUUUCAUGGGCUUACGAUAAAAUUCGAAUUACAGCACCACUACGAUCUCGAUCUUCUUUCUCCACAUUAUCCCAAAUUGGUUGGGAAAGUUAUUACCCGAUAGCUCUGUAUCAUUGAGUUUUUAUUCUUUUUUUUUUUUUAGUUCAGCAAUUGAAGAAGAAAAUCCGUGCGCCAUCUCCAAACCAAACGCUCCCUAGAAAACCCAUGCGUUAGAUGAGAGAUUAUUUAUUGGCCGAGCAGUAAUAAAAGCAAUGUAUUUUGCAGAAACGGGUCCUUCAAAACUGAUAAUCACGAUGUGGGGAACAUUGUGCUGAAAUCAGAGAUCAGAAAUCAGGCUGCACGCAACUAGAUAAGAUGGACCACCCCUUAUGCCCGUCUGUCUUGUUAUGACUUGUGAGAAAUAAACGUUGGGACUACAGGCCCACCCAGUGUGAUCACGAUAACGCCAAUCGCUAACAAGAACCAACGUGUAAAAUAUACCACACAGGCACAUACCCAAGAAUGUCCAUGUGAAGAGGAAUCAGAAUCAAGAGAUGCCCCCACAGAAACGUUUGUACCAUAAUUCUCUAUCAGAAAGCAUUAAAACCCGCGGGAAGUUUUGUUGAUGUAAAAUAUUCCACUAGCCAGCACCUGCUUUCCUGGAGAUGAGGUCAAGGGAUAGAUUGCAGUCGUGGUCUCGGUGGGGUGGUCGUCCAACUAAACUUACAGGUCCUGUGGAGGCCAGUGGGCUACUGCCGAGGUAACUUCGUUACAUAGAUAACUCUGGACUCUUGUGUUGGGCAGUAUGCUGUACUUAGUACAAGAACUUACAACAUACAUGUACAAUAGGUAUACCACCAGCCUCAUCAUAUUAGCCAUCUACAUUAUUGAUAUAGAUGUUAGC